AUGACGAGCCCUACUACAAAGGCAAAGAACAAGAUACAAAAGUCCAAAUCAAUACUAAAAAAUAAACCAAAACUAGAUGGUAACGAGAAAGAAACUACCGUAAAGGAGAAAGAAACUAUUGUAAAGAAAAAAGUAGUAGACAAAGACGGCAUUGUAGAAGAGGCAGACAAUGAUUUGGACCAAUUAUCAGAUUUAGACGAUGAAGAUGAAGUUGACAUUGCAAAUGAAUCAGAUGAGGGGGACUCACUUGAAGAGGACAUUGCGGAAUCCGAGUCAGGUGAGGGGGACUCGGAGGAUGAGGAAUUACCCUCGAGGAAGAAGCAAAAGAAAAACAAGGACGAUGGUUCAGAGUCUUUUGCUAAUGCAUUCAACUCCAUCAUCAACUCUAAAUUGAAAGCAUACGAUAGAAAAGACCCAAUAUUAGCUCGGAAUAAAACAACAAUAAAAAAAUUAGAAAGUGAGAAAUUGGAAAACAAAGCCAAAAAGGCGUUAUUGGUAGAAAGGAAACAGUUUCAUGAUAAGCAUAGGGUAAAACAUUUAUUGCCAGUAGCAGCUGAAAAUGGAGAUUCACUCAAUGUGAGAUCAACGCUAGAAAAGGAGAAACAAUUAAAGAAAUUGGCUCAAAGAGGAGUGGUUAAGUUGUUUAAUGCUAUAUUAUCUACACAAAUUCAAACUGCUCAAGAAGUGGGGAAGGAGAAAGUUGGACAAGCAAAGAGAGAAGAAUUGAUGAAUGAUGUUUCAAAGGAGAAGUUUUUAGACUUGAUUGCUGCUGCUGGGGAAGAUUAA